AUCCUCCGCCAAGCUUGUGCCCGGAGUUCCACCCAUCUUGACGGUGGACUCGAAGCAGGAGGUGGAACAGGCAAAGCGUGAUUGUUGUUGACUUCUUUUCCAGCACAAAUGAAUCGCAUCAUAACCAUCCUUUUAGCGGGGUUCGAAACGUCGCUUCCCAUUGGAACGAUUUCAAUUGCUGUACUCGCCAUCUUCCUAUCAUACUUCGUAUGGCAUCAGUACGGGUGUCCGCGCAUCUCAUGCAUCAACUCGUAUGCUGGGGAUUGGUCACGAAAACGCGCAAGACAGGCCUUUCUUGAACGCGGACAGCAACUUCUGGCAGAGGGGGCGAAGAGAUAUGGCGAUGAGCCCUUCCGGAUCAUCACUACGCUUGGGGAGAGGAUUAUCCUCCCAAAGUCAUGUAUCCAUUGGGUGGAGGGACAUUCAGAUCUUGACCAUCAAGCGCAGGUGGCGGAGGAGUUCAUGGGCGCCUAUCCCGGCUUCGAGGGGAUCGGAGCGUUCAAUGAUCCAAAUCGAUUUGUGAUUGAUCUCGUCAAGAAGAAGAUGUCGUCGUUGACCGCGCCCAUGUUGUCGACCUUUUAUGAAGAGGCGAUUGCCGUGCUGGACGAGGAAUUCGGCGAUUCCAAUGAGUUUCGUCGGAUCGAUUGGGCGGUCAUUUGCUCACGACUGACAUCUCGCAUAUCUGCGGCAAUCUUCGCCGGGGGGAUCCUUGCCAAAGAUCCGCGAUGGCAGAAUGUGACACAAACGUAUACCUCCAACCUCUUUCAAGCGUGCCGGGCACUGCGUGCAUGGCCCGCGCCGUUACGCCCGAUAGUCGUGUGGUACUUGAAGGAGUGCAAGGUCUGCCGCGACCAGAUUGCAGAAGCACGAAAGAUCUUGGCGGAGCACCAGUUUGGCACGGCCGAGCGUGACACCGCCUUUACCUGGAUGGAUCCGCGUGCUGAUCCUGUGAUUGUCCAGCUUGCACUGGCGGCGGGUGCCCUUCACACCACGUCACAGCUCCUGAAUCAGGCUCUCCUGGACCUUGCGUAUGCCGCAAGCGAUGGUCAGUCCGUGGUGGAUCAGCUCCAAAAGGAAUUCGGUACAUGCUUGGAAGCAUCGGGAGGCAAGAUUCUACCCUCAACGCUUCCGAAGAUGAACAUUAUGGAGGCUUGCAUCAAGGAGACUCAGCGAUUGAAACCUCAGACACUUACAAACCUUGACCGGCUGGCCUUGAAAGCGGUGGUGCUUCCCAAUGGUGUCCGGGUUCCCAAAGGAACGAUGAUAUCUGUCAAUCAGGCGACCAUGUGGGAUGCUGACACCUGGGGAGAAGAUGCCCUGGUGUGGGAUCCAAUGAGGUGGUUUGAGCCUGGCACGACGGAGCUCGGUCGGGAGAGAUUGGUCAACAGCAGUGACAGGCAUUUUGCGUUUGGCAAAGGUCGCUUCAUCUGUCCCGGUCGACUUCUAGUCAAUGGGGAGCUCAAAGUUGCUCUGGGGGUGAUAUUAGACGGAUGGGAGGUUAGAUUAUGCAAGGAAGAUUAUGAAGAGGCGAAGAAGAAAGGCAGGGGGAGGGUAGACUGGGUUCCGUUUGGGUUUGAAAUGCUGGCAGAUGGAAGGGCAGGUGUCGAAGUGAGGAGGAGGUGAAUCAGUCAAUCAUUGCAUAAACUAAGCCAACGUGCAUUCCCAUCCUCAGUUGCCUCCCACCACAUCGUCCACCGGCUGCUUGCGCGCGUCGGCAACGGCAUUCUUGAUGGCGUCCCUCAAGUUGCGGAGAAUCUGCGUCAUCCUCUCCUCGCCCGUCAUGAAAAGUUGAAGGAGAACCAGUGCGGCUGCCGUGAGGACCAC